CGUUGGUGGGAUAGAGGGAGUAAUAUUUGACAAUAUUUAUUUAAACAAAAGGAAGAAAAAUACAAAAAUGAGAGAAAUUGAGAUGUCGCUAUUGUCGAAGAAAUUGAGAAGGGUUGUAAAGUAGGGCUAAGGCUCGUGUGCUCCGUGGACCUCUCUCUCUUUCUUUUUCUCUCUCUCUCUCUCACUUUUAAUGUGUAGUCCGUAGAAGAAAGCCUGUGGCGGAACAACACAAAAUCGCAUUAUGUCAAUCCAUAAAGGCAAACUCGUACUCUUUCAAAUUGUAAACCCGAAACAAUUAAAAAUAUGAAAAACUUUAUUUCUCCCCUGUUUUACUAUUUUAGCAAUUCCAGACAAGAUUAUAUUGCCUGCUGCUUUUGAUGUACAUUGAUUGGGCUUCCCAAUUCCACAACUCUCCCAAAUUUAUUCUUGAGAUACAAAAUGCUAAUUUCAUUCAAUUCAAUCAUCCCCUUCAUUACCACCUUCUUGCCUCGAUCUUCUCAACACUAAACCAAUCUCUCUCGCUAUUUCAUUUGAAUUCUCUCUCUCUCUCUCUCUCUCUCCCCACCACCAUUAGUAUCCAACUCCCCACUUCUGAAAUUCUCCUUUUCAAAACCCCACCUCGCCACCUGCACUAGUCUCCAUCCAAUUUGAAACCUCUUCAAAUCUCUUCCCUUUUUCCCAACUACAUACAUCAUUACGAUAAAAAUACAAUCCUCACUGCUAUUGUUAUUAUUAUUAUAUUAUUAUCAUUAUUCUUAUUUAUUUAUUUAUUUUCUGAUCGGCAAUCAUGGGUGAGAAGCCGCCGCUGCUGCAUGAGCUUCUGAAAGAGGAUCAAGAGCCCUUCCAUCUGAAAACCUACAUUGCAAACAAACAAUCCCAGCUGAAAACCAGCACCACAACUCUCUCGCUCCGUAAGCGCCGCCCCAUCUUCCACGACGCCCCAACCAAGCGCACCAACCUCUGCUUCCUCUCCUUCACCGCCUCGCCGGACGUCCGCCGAUCGCCGUUUCUCGACCUCUCAUCUCCGGUGAAGAGCCCCCCCAACGCCGCCGUGUUCCUCCACAUCCCCUCCCGAACCGCCACCAUCCUCGUCGAGGCGGCGAUGCGGAUCCAAAAACACCAGCACUCCAAGCCCCGAACCGGGUUCGGCCUGCUCGGCUCGUUCCUCAAGCGGCUCAAAGAUCGGAGCAAGAAUCGGAAGCGCGCCAUCGGAGAUAAAGCGUGUUCUUGCAGUAAUCGCAGCGCUGAUUGGGCGGAGGAUAAAUCGCCGCCGUCCACCAGCAGCCGCGUCAUGGAGGACAUUUGUAUCAGCGAUGAGGACUGCACCACUCCUUUUAGAUUCUCUCUCCACCAGAGUCCGUCGUCCACCACGCCCGAGUUCUGCUCUCCGGCGGCCUCCCCCAGCCGCCGCCUAAAACAGGAGAAGGAAAAUUCGGACAAUCUGCAAGGAGAUGAGGAGGAGGAGGAGGAGAAGGAGCAAUGCAGUCCGGUAUCGGUGCUGGAUCCUCCGUUUGACGAGGACGACGAGCGCGAGAGCGGUGGUGCAGACGACGAAGAAGACUACGAUAUGGAAUGCAGCUACGAGAAUGUGCAGAGAGCCAAACAGCAGCUUCUGCACAGACUGAGGAGAUUUGAAAAACUUGCGGAAUUGGACCCCGUUGAGCUCGAGAAGAAGCUGAUGGUGGAAGGAUCAGACGACGAGGGCCAUGUGGAACGAGGGGAGUCCGAGGGAGACGGGCCAUUGUCAGCCGACAUGAAGAGGCUCGUUUCUGAUCUCAUAGUCGAAGAGAAGAAACGGAUGGUUCAAUCGGGGGGUAGUGAGGUGGUGAUGGGGCGAAUCUGCAACCGACUCGAUUCGUGGAAGGAGGUCGAGUUCGACACCAUAGAUAUGAUGAUAGGAUUGGAUUUCAAGAAAGAGGCUGAUAGGUGGAGUAAGCAUGGGCAGCAAGUGCAGGAGACAGCUGCAGAAAUUGAGGUUGCAAUCUAUUUGCUGCUAAUUCAAGAAUUAACAGAUGAAUUGUUGAUCUGAUUAUAAGCGAGGAGGUUAGUUAGAUUGUAGUAAUCUGAUCUGAUGUAUGUAAUGUAAGCUAAAUUUCUUGAAUAUUGGGGAGACAUGAUAAACUAAUUCAACAUAUAUCAAAAUUUUGUUUGAAGGAAAAAAGAUCAGCAAGAGUGGUCACAUGUUUGAAGUGUCGCCUGUCUCGUGCUAUAUAUGUGUAUAUAUGUUGGAAUGAUAACACACUGUAAACUGCAUUUACGUGACAUGUCAUGACAGCUCUUCAUGUGUUGAA